CCUCCAAUACGGAGACGACGAGAACGCCGACACAACCACUAACAAUGCCCCAUUAAGCCCAGGCUGCCCAGACCGCCAAGUUCAGCCAUGGUUUCCCAAGCAAUACGUCACAUCAAUAGGUGAGAGGGCGAAGCAAUCUCUGCCUUACUUUCCACAAUCUCCUCUUGUCUAGCGACCACUCUUUGCUUUCGUCGGAGUGUGCAGAUCUCAUCUUCACCUCUCUCCUUUGCUUGAGGAUCCCGCACUAUACGGCGCGAUGUCGUGCUCUCCCGAGGGGUUCCCAAUGAUAUGGCAGAAGCCUGCCUUCCACGAGAUUCUUGACUGCCUCGAGAAGCAUCGAGUUGAUCCCCCUGUCUGGAACCUCAAAGCCUCCCGCGCCGAGAUCCUUACAGAACGAGACACCACUGUUCAAGAUCGCCGGGAGAUUGUCUCGUACUUGUCUUCCGUUAUCAGCAGCAACCUUGGUUGGAUCGAGGAUGAGGAUCAGAGGGAGCAGUUGUGGACCGAGGCUAGCAGGCGGCUGGCUGAGAGAUGUGGUAGAUCAGCUAUGGGCGAGAUCACUCGAAGGUGGCCGUUUGGGGGCCAUGAGGGUGACGAGCCCCGCUCUUCUUUCGAACUCACCCUCCGAGAACCGUCCCUGAGCGGGGACUCCCUCGGCUUGAAGACAUGGGCCUCGUCGUACGUUCUCAGCCGACUUCUACCACGCUUCGCGGCGACGUCCUUGUCACACCUUCUCUCUCCGGCACCGCUGCCAGGGUUGUCUGUUCUCGAACUGGGGUCUGGUACUGGCCUCCUAGGCCUGGCAGCGGCUUGCACAUGGCGGACCGCCGUCGUUCUAACGGACCUCCCUGAAAUCGUCCCGAAUUUGAUCCAUAAUGUGGAGCUUAACCGUUCGACUUUCCAGCCUCUUGGGGGCGAGAUCGAGGCCGGGAGUCUGACCUGGGGAGGACUGAAAGAGGAGAGCGAUGCAAGGUUCCACUGUCUGAACAAAUUCAAGAUCGUCCUUGCCGCGGACCCCCUUUACGAUUACGAUCAUCCCGGGCUCCUCGCUGGGGCCAUUCAUAGCCAGUUAUCGCUGGAUGAGGAUGCCAGGGCGCUGGUCAUGGUAGCCCAGAGAGACGAGACCACACAUCGCCUCCUAUCGUCCUUCAGGGACGAGAUGUCUCGGCACCAGUACCCACUUGUCUGUAUCGAGGAGAACAUCGCCCACGGCCAGGACGACUGGGAUCAGGAUGAUGAGAGCGGACAGGUAGAGUGUUGGUGGGGGUUGUUUAAGAGACAGUAUCCCGUGCAUUCCUGACGGCAGGAGGGUUUGCCCUUCAAACGGUGUUUUCGCCAACUUGUUCUGCAUUUACCAUAGACGCUGCGACCAGCAUGCCAUAUCUCUCACGGGCCGUAUAUAGAGGCAUCAUCUAGGAUUUGGGGGAUCGGACUCGCAGACCUAGACAUAUAUGAUGGGCAAAAUAGACAGCACUAGCCACGCAUUGAUCUAUAUGUUCCAACCACUCGACAUGCUAAGUGACCGGCUCAGGGGAUACUGCCCAUUAUCAAGAAGAGCUCGCUUUGACUCAAGUCCUUCAAGGAGGCUUUGUUUGUCGUGGCAGUUGCAGAUAUCGACUCUCAAGGUCCAGGGAGAUGACAGCUUGCAGGGAGGUAGGUCGAUAUCGAGACCUGGAG